CCUAUGUUGAAUGAUCGGACAGCCGUCGGGAAACUGGGAAACAGAAAAAUGGCGUGGAAUCUCGCACACCCGGGGGUUUUCCAAUUGGUGCCAAUGGCCGAACCUUUUUUUUCUUUUCUUUUUUUUCGUCUUUCCCAACAUUGAAACUCCAUCAAUUCAACUUUUGUACUUGUCUGGGUCUUAUUGAUUUCCCCUCCUCCCACUUCUACCCACACACUCUUUUCUCUAAUUCCGUAUUAUCGGAUUUCAAUUUAUAACAAUUAGAGCAUUGCACCAGUAUACCAACCGCCAAUAUGAUGUCCGCACGAGCUAUUUUCGGUGGUAUUCAACGCCGAGCUUUCUCGGUCUCGGCGCGAAACCUCUCCAAGGUCACCGUUCUAGGUGCCACCGGUGGUAUCGGCCAGCCGCUGUCUCUGCUCCUAAAGCUCAACCCCCGCGUUACCGAGCUUUCUCUAUACGAUAUCCGUGGCGCCCCAGGUGUUGCUGCUGAUGUCUCCCACAUCAACACCAAGAGCACCGUCAAGGGCUAUGGCCCUUCCGCUACUGGCCUCGCCGAUGCUUUGAAGGGCAGUGACAUCGUUCUCAUCCCCGCCGGCGUUCCCCGAAAACCCGGUAUGAGCCGUGAUGACCUCUUCAACACCAAUGCCUCCAUCGUUCGCGACCUCUCCAAGGCCUGCGCCGAAACCUGCCCCAACGCCAACAUCCUCAUCAUCUCCAACCCCGUCAACUCCACCGUCCCCAUUUGCGCCGAGGUUUUCAAGGCCCAAGGCGUCUACAACCCCAAGCGUCUCUUCGGUGUCACCACUCUCGAUGUUGUCCGUGCUAGCCGAUUCGUGAGCGAGCUUAAGGGUACCGACCCUAAGGAUGAGAAGAUCACCGUGGUUGGUGGUCACUCCGGUGUCACCAUUGUCCCUCUCUUCAGCCAGAGCGGUCACCCUGACCUAACCUCCAACGCCGACCUCGUGAAGCGCGUCCAAUUCGGAGGUGACGAGGUUGUUCAGGCCAAGGACGGUGCUGGUUCCGCCACUCUGUCCAUGGCCAUGGCUGGUGCCCGUAUGGCCGAGUCCCUCCUCCGCGCCGCCCAGGGAGAGGCCGGUGUGGUUGAGCCCACAUUCGUCGACAGCCCCCUAUACAAGGACCAGGGCAUCGACUUUUUCGCCUCCAAGGUUGAGCUUGGCCCCAACGGUGUUGAGAAGAUUCACCCCAUCGGCGAGGUCGACUCGAUCGAGGCUGGCCUUCUAGAAGCGUGCUUAACUGACUUGAAGAAGAACAUCAGCAAGGGCGUUGCAUUUGUCGCUUCCAACCCUCCUAAAUAGACUAUCUUAAUAUUUAGACCUGGACUUUAGCAAGAGAGGCAUAACAAAUAAUCUCAUAAAAGGGAGAAAAAGAAGGACAAUGCUGCUUGGUUGGCUCAGAUGAUGCAGGCUAAGUCGGUUUGGUUGGUUUUUUUUUCUUAAACCUUAUGGGAAAACAUGAUGAUAAGCCUAGUACCCCAAAAAUGUACGAUAUUGACUCCAAGAGACAUGAUUUCACGAUCGAUGCCCCCCACCCCCUUUUUAUCUCCCCUCCUUCGCUGCGUAGACACAAAAUAAAUCU